AUGAAGUUCUUGUUUACUGCUCUUCUGACUCUUCUGCCCUUGGCGCUGGCUGCCAAGUCCCUCAAGUCCGUUAUCGUGACUUUCCCCAACGAUACACCUGCUCGGGUGAUUGACCAGGCCAAGGACUCUCUGGUGGCUGCGGGGGGCAUCAUCACCCAUGAAUACCAUCUCUUCCCUGGUUUCGCAGCCGAAGCCCCCGUGAAUGCUCUCCGGACCCUCUCGACCCAGGAUGCCGCCUACAAGCCCACCAUCGAGGAGGACAAGAUUGUGAGCGUGAACGGCGACUAUGUCGGCCAGGAGCACUCGUACUAA